GCUGCCCUUUCUGACUUAUACAUUCAUUUAGCUCAUCUGCACCUCGGUCAUUGUUUGUUCAGACGCAAACUGUCGCAGCCUCAACAUAUAAGAGCGGUGUUCCUCCCAUGGAGGCAGGGCAUGCUGUCCUUACAGGAUAAAAUGAAUCACAGUUCUUCUCUCUACCAAACAGCUGCAGAUAAAUUCAUUUCAUGUGUUGACUUCAGCAACCACUGAGCUCCACCCAUUCCACCAUGAACACAACAAUGAACGACUCCGCUUUCGAUUACUACAGCUACGAUGACUUUGAAGAGGCAUCACAUGAUGAGACCCAAACUCAUGCACUUCAUAUGGUGUCUGUUGUUAUUUACUCGCUGGCAUUUCUUCUUGGAGUACCAGGAAAUGUCAUGGUUAUCUGGUUCACUGGAUUUAAAUGGAAGAAGAGUGUAAGCACUAUAUGGUUUCUCAAUCUGGCCAUUGCAGAUUUAAUCUUUGUAUUAUUUCUGCCCUUGCAUAUCACCUACGUAGCUACAGAUUUUCACUGGCCUUUCGGAAAGUUAUUUUGCAAACUGAAUUCUUUCAUUGCCAUUCUUAACAUGUUUGCGAGUGUCUUCUUUCUAACAGUAAUUUGCCUAGACAGAUACAUGACGAUAAUGUAGCACAUUUCACAGCGGCAUCGUACAAUGAAGUUAUCGGGAAUCGUAAGUGGCUUUGUGUGGCUACUUGCUGCAUUUAUUGCAAGCCCUUCCUUGUACUUCAGAGAUACAGAGAUGAGUAGGUCUAAUAUCAUAUGCUUCAACCAUUUCCAUGAAACUGAUUAUUCCAUUAUCCAGAAGGUCCACACUUCUCUGACACUGAUAAAAUUCUUUAUUGGAUAUCUCUUCCCUUUGCUAACCAUGGUAACAUGUUAUACAAUCCUCUCUAUCCAAAUGAAAAGAAGAACCACACAAAGAGACAGUAAAUACUUCUGGAUGGUUCUAGCUGUCGUAGUGGCCUUUUUCCUUUGUUGGACUCCAUAUCACAUCUUUAGCUUGCUGGAACUGGAUAUUCACCGCAGUGACGCAUAUAGUGAAUGGCUUAGGAUUGGAAUGCCCAUUUCCACCAGCCUGGCCUUUGUUAACAGUUGUAUUAAUCCUAUCCUUUAUGUUCUAAUAAGCAAAGUAUUCCGGUCACAUUUAGAGGCCUCGGUGGCAGAGAUCUUUAAAAGCACAAUACGAGAUAUAAGCCAGACAGGCAUUAAAAGUGAUGACCUGGCGCUCUCAGAGAACAACUUAACCCUUUGUGAAACUAUGUCUUGAAAAGCAAAAUACAACAAAGUAAUCUGUGUAUCCUAUAGAUUCUAUAAACCAGCAGAUUCUCUAUCAGAGCAUUUCAGAAAUGAUAUAACCUUUGACAUGCUAUGUGUUCUGUUAUAAAAUGUAAAUGUAUUCUCAAAAAGAGACUCACUUGACUGUGUAAGACACUAUACAGUCAAUGCAGACUAUGCAAUCAUAUAGAUAACAGACCAUAGCCAUGGUUAAAGCAGACUGUUGGAGGAGCUUUGUAGUCUAAGUAUUAUUGUGCACUGUGCUUUGCCUCUAUCAUUUUUCCUUCUUCUCACUAGUAGAUGAAUUACUGCCCUCUGCAGGAAUAACAGAAUGAUUCAGAAUUCUAUACAGUGACCCCCCCCCCCGACCUACGAUGGCCCCGACAUACGAUCAUUUCAACAUGCGAUGGCCUCUCAGAGGCCAUCGCAUGUUGAAGGCAGCAUCAACAUACGAUGCUUUUGUAUGUCGGGGCCAUCGCAUAAAUGGCUAUCCGGCAGCGUAGACUGCUUCAGCCCCCACCGGAUACCCGUUUACGGUGCCCCGUGUGGUCCGCUGACGAUCACUUACCUGUCCUCGGGGCUCCGGCGCGUCCUCUUCAGGAUCCCCUGCAUUGUCGGCGCUCUCCAUCGUCGUCAUCAUCAUCAUCAUCAUGUCGCUGCACACGACGUCCCGUCAUCCAAUAGGAGCGGCGUGAUGGCGGCGACGGAGAGAGCGGCUGCUGGGGAAGCAGAGGCCUUGCCGGAGCGUCGGGAACACCCCUGGGACGUGGCGACAGCGAUGGAAGGCGACAUCACGGGCAGCGGUGACGGUCCGGAGCGGCGGGGGCAGGUGAGUACAACAUCCCCUAACAGUGGUCUACAACCUGCGGACCUCCAGAUGUUGCAAAACUACAACACCCAGCAUGCCCGGACAGCCAACGGCUGUCCGGGCAUGCUGGGUGUUGUAGUUUUGCAACAUCUGGAGGUCCGCAGGUUGUAAACCACUGUCCUAUACUUUACAUUGCACGGAUCCCUCAACAUACGAUGGUUUCAACAAACGAUGGUCCAUUUGGAACGGAUUACCAUCGUAUGUUGAAGGACCACUGUACUUAUGUCCAACAGUGACUUAGCAAGUGGAGGUAAAUACAAGCUUAGUAGACCAUGUGGCAGAAGUGCCUCUAUAGUACUACAGUGGUCCCUCAACAUAUGAUAUUAAUUGGUUCCAGGAGAACCAUCAUAUGUUGAAACCAUCAUAUGUCGAGUACAUAUGUCUAUGUAAAAAUGGUAAUUGGUUCUGGGGCCUCGGAACCAUUGUAUGUUGAAUACAUAUCUCUAUGGGAAACUGCUAAUUGGUUCUGGGAUGACCAUUGUAUGUGGAGUGUUUAACAAACCAGGGUGCCUCCAGCUGUUGCACAACUACAACUCCCAGCAUGCAUGUACAGCCAUUGACUGUCUGGGCAUGCUGGGAGUUAUAGUUUAACAACAGCUGGAGGCACACUGAUAGGGAAACAUUGAUGUAUGGGGGUGUAUAGUGUGUAUAUGUAUUGUAUGUGAUGUGUGACAUCGCAUACAGUACUGUACAGUUCUUUAAAUACCUUCAGGGGGGACAGAAUGUCCUCCAUUACGAUCCUGCCGACUACAGCUCUAUAGGAAAGGAAGGGGAGGGCAGCCAGCAGCUCAUUGGAUGCCUGCAGCAAGAUGCUCCAGGCUAUUGGCUAUGGCUGCACUGGGGGGCGGGGCUUACACGGAGCUCACAGUGGAAGCCUGCGUGAGUUAGCAGGACAGCAUGUGAGUAACAGGAGGCAGAACGGGGCACAUUAUACAACUAUCUGUCCGUUGCUGAAGUUGUCAGCGCUGUCAGAUAGCUGUUUGUACGAUGGACCCGACACAGCAGCAUCAUAUGUCGAUGCUGCCUUCAACAUACGAUGGGCUCUGAGAGGCCAUCAUAUGUUGAAAUGAUCAUAUGUCGGGGCCAUCAUAAGUCGGGGGGGUCACUGUACUAUAUAUUGCCAAGAUAACUGAGCUAUGGCUAUUCAGUGCCAAAUUGAUAGAGCCACAUACAACUUUGAAAGUAGCUAUAGACCAAUACAGACAUAGCUAUACUAAUGUAAAUGUGCAAUGUAGUGCCAUAUAAUAUAUGAAUUUGCAUAUAUGUUAAUAUAAUAGUUGUAGAAUUGUUAAUAUAAAAUAUACCUGAAUGUGUGAAAAUAAACCUGUUUUUGUUAAUAAAAAUAGCUGCUAUUACAAGAAUGAUCCAAAACUACUGUAGGCCUAUUAAAAGGAAAGUCAAAUCUCUUGACAGUUUCCUAUCCAUGAGCGGUCUACAGGCUGAUUUGACUUUCGUUGGUCUAAAUACAAACAGCUGGCAACUAGUCUUCAUCGGUUUAACGGACCCCCGCCAUUCGGUGUUUACAGCGCUGCAGCAAUGACCUCUAUAUGAGACCUCAACAGCCAAUCAUGGGAGACAUGCCGAUGUCACACUUACUGAUAUAUCUCCACGCAUUCACUCACACUUCAAAGGACAUCUCAUGAAACUGGCCCUAGUGUGUUUAGUGUAGGAAAAAUAGAUUAUGUGCAUUGGGGACAGGGACUGAUGUGUAUGGUGAUAAACUGUGUCCAGUGCUGCAAAAUAUUGUUACACUA